AGCAGAAAAGGAGAGAAGUUCAUAAUCUGUACAUAGCUGGCAGCACAAGAAUCCCACAUUCCCUUUCUCUGAAGCCACCACCCACUCAUAAAAGGCCAGUUUUUCUGUGCUUCCUGCACCUUCACAAACCCCAAGAACAAUGAAACAGGGAAGAGGAAGAACCUCUUUUCAUCUUAUGUCAUCAAUUCUCUCUUCUCUUCUCCUUUUCCUCUCUCUCUUAGGAUCUGCUCAUGCUUACAAGAAUUACACAGUCGGAGACUCCUUAGGCUGGUUUGACAACACUGAAAACUCCAAUGUCAAUUAUCAGAAGUGGGCUGACACUAAAAAAUUCACCUUAGGAGAUUUCCUCAUUUUCAACACAGACACUAACCACUCUGUGGUUCAGACAUACAACUUUACAACAUACAAGGAAUGUGAUUACGAUGAUGCUCAAGACAAAGACACAACCCAGUGGUCAGCAUCUGAUCCAUCCAACACCCAAACACAUCCUGUGACGGUGGCGAUUCCUCUGAUGAAGGAGGGCAAAACGUACUUUUUUUCUGGUGAUUAUGACGGUGAUCAGUGCAGGAGUGGACAACAUUUCCAAAUAAAUGUGACCUAUGGAGAAGGGCUGCCCAAAAGUCUGAAAGCCCCAGAAGAUGCCCCAUCUCCUGCUAAUGCUGUUGCUGGAGAUGAUGAUUCAGCACCAGACACCAUUGUCCCUUCCAACUUCAACCAUCCCAAAACAGAAGAAAGUGAUGACGACAAAGCUAGUGACAAACAAAACUCUACUUCUUUCUCAGUUUCACUGUCUGCACAACUUCAGCUUGUCCUUUUAGGAAUGCUACUUUUUUUCCUUUGAUGAGUCGAUAUUUAUUUUAUAGUUAUUUUUUUAAUUAUAGGUAUAUGUCGUUAUUAUUUUUUAUCUAUUUUUUUCUUUCAUGAGUGA